AUGGUUUCUUUCAAGAACUUAUGCCUCAGCGCAUUGGCUCUCCAAUGUGUGGCUUCGUCUUCGUUGUUUGCUCGUGAUGAGCAGAACCCACUCAAGUCCACGAUCUUACCCGGUGAGGAGCCUGUUCCAGGCGACUCACCGGUGGCUAUCUGUGAUGCUUCGCAGAAGCAGCUCUUGACGAUCGACUUGGUUGAUAUUGUUCCUAAUCCUCCAGCACGUGGUGCGAACCUCACUGUGGCCGCAGUUGGUCACCUCCACGAACUGGUUGAGGAAGGUGCGUACGUUGAUGUUGACGUGAGAUACGGGUACAUCAAGCUCAUCUCACAGACCUAUGACCUGUGUGACGAGGUUGGUGAAGUGGAUCUGAAGUGUCCUUUGAAGCCAGGCGAGUACAAACUCUCAAAGACUGUGGAGAUUCCGAACGAAGUUCCUCCAGGAAAGUACGUGGUGUACGCUAGAGCUUUCACCAAAGAUGACAAGUAUCUCGCAUGCAUCACUGCCACAGUUGUCUUUGACGUGGACUCCUGGAAGAUCUUGGGGAUAGGCCGUGAUUAG